AUGAAACAAUUUACCAAGGAAUAUUAUUCAUAUUUUUCGGGCUCUCAAAAAAAAUCCCUUAUGGUGGAAAAGGAUAUAAAAACGAGGUACUAUUCAGAGAGAACAACAUUCCUUAUAAAAGAAAAUCUCAAACAUGUUUUUGUGUUAGAUAAUGUAGACGCAACAAUAGGGUUAUCACUAAUGAAUGUUACUAUAUUUUUACUUGGAGGAUUAACAAAUAAUAGAAUAAAUGUUUGUAUUUCAACAUAUUUACAAGGACUAAUAUUUAUUUUAAGUUUAAUAUGCUAUAUUAUUCAAACAAAUUUUCAAAAAAGUAUAAUAGCCGAUAUAUUUUUUGUUCUUCUUUUGUUCGUAUCCUGUAUAUUGCCUUUUUUAUCAAUCAAGUUAAAUGGCUGUUUUAAUAGUAUUAUAUUUUUCCCUAUAUGUAUAAUACUUUUAUUUUCAAAAUAUCACUUAAGAAAUUUAUUUUUAUUAGAACUUGGAUUGAUAUUAAAAAUUUUAAUAUUAGUUAUGGCUAUAAAUAUGAAUGAAACAAAUAUAUAUAUAAUCUUACUAUUACUAUCUUCUUUCUUUUUUAGUAUUAUAUUUUAUAGAUAUUUAUAUUUUUUUUCAAAAACUAUUUCUAUUAGUUUUACUACCCCAAAAAAUCUAAUGAUGAUUUUCCCAUACAUUAAUGAAUAUCAAGAAAUAUGUUUACUUAAGCUAGCUGAUAUAAUAAUAGACACAAAUAAUUAUUUGAAUAUAAAAUUAAAUGUUUUUUGUCAUGAUAUACCACAAAUUAAUAUAACACAACAAAAAAAAAAUCAUGAAAAUUUACAAAUGAAUAUUAGUAGAAUAAUUAAUAAAUUCUAUACUUUAAAAAAUCAAAAAAUAUUCUUAAAUUUCCCUCCCUAUUAUUGUCUAAAAGCAUUAUAUUAUAAAAAAUUAAAUUUAAUGGCAUUAUAUAUAGAAAAAAAAAAAAAAAAAAUUAAAAAAUUAUAUUCACAAUCUCAUAAUACACAUUUAUAUUUCCUCUUAGAGUUGUCUAAAAAAAUGAAAAAUUGUUUUAUUUAUUACGACCUUCCUUGCAACCAACCCCCUAUAAGUCUUCUACUAAACACGGGCUCCACCAAAGAAUCACCACCUUCCGUGAAAGAAGACAACCCACAAGUGGAUAUAAUAAAAAAGGCAGAUCCCCAAAAAGAUGCAGUAAAAAAGAGAGAUAAAAAAAAAGAUGUAGUAAAAAGGAAAGAGCCAAAAAACGAUGCAGUAAAAAGGAAAGAAGCAAAAAAAGAUGCAGUAAAAAGGAAAGAGGUAAAAAACGAUGCAGCAAAAGAGGACAACCUGAGAAGGGACAAACGAAAGGAAAACAGAUCCAGGAAAAAUGAAAUAAAAAGAAUAAUAAAUAUUUUUCAAAAAAAUUUGUUUUAUUCUAAAGUAUGUUCUAAACAACUAGAAGAUAAUCCCCCUAAAAAAAUAAUAAUUGAUAAUGUAAAAAAAAACAAAAUGGAAAAAAAAGCAAAGAUAAAUGAUUUGUUUACAAGUACUAUUAGAGAUGAUACCGAACCAAAGCUAAAGGAAAUGAAAAAAAAAGAGAGAACAGCAAAAAGGGAUGUCAAAAAAAGAGAAGGCAAAAAAAAGGAACGAUUGAAAGAGAGCGACCAAAUACAAAGAAAAAGAAAACAUAAUUACAAAAAUUAUGAAUCGACUUUCGAAUCAAGUGUUACUGAAAAUUUUACAUAUAUAAAUCCGUACAACGUGAAUAAAAUCAAAAUACCAAAAAAUCAAGUAAAAAGACGGGAUAUAAGAUUGGUUGAAAAAUAUAGAGAUACGGAAGAUGAAGAAAUAAAAAAUAAAUUAAAUAAAACUCGAAAAAAAAAAGAUAAAAGUAAAAAUCAUGCAAAGCAAGGAAUCCAAACCGAAUUAGACAGCAAAUAUAUGAAUCGAAUUCACAAUGACACAAUAAAACACAAAAAAAAUAAUAAAAAAAAAUUCAUUGACCAAACAAAACACGGACAUGAAAUAAAUACAAAUUUAUCAAAUCAAGAGUUAUAUAAAAAAUAUAGUAUAGAAAAAAAUAAUGUCCUAGAUAAAACAGACCAUCCUAUAUAUGAUCGAUAUUUUAGAAAAUAUGACGAUAAAGCAAAUUAUAAUAUCUUAUCAAAAUUUAAAAAAAGUUUAGAAAAAAAAGAAAAGGGAAUAAAAUAUAGUUUCAAAAUAAAUAAAAAUGAUAAUACUUAUAAAUAUAAUGAAUUAAAAGGAAAUGAUUUUAUAGAAAUUAAUAAAAAUCAUAAAAAAAAAACAGACAUAAAUGGACAAAAAUCAUAUUCUUUUUAUUCAAAUGAAGAUCAAUAUAUAUCUAAUGAUAAAAUUAUUUUUAUAAAUUUAUCAUGUUUAUUUUAUGUAUUAAUUCAUAAAAUUAAACAACUCUUAAAAUAUAUAGAAAAAAUUAAUUUAGUUGUACAAGGGCUGGAUUUUAAACAAGGAAUUUCUCCUAAACAAAAUUUCCUUUUGUCAUUUAUAGAUCAAAAAGUUGAACGUUAUUAUAUAUUAUGGUCUAACAUGUUUGAUUUAAUUUAUCAUAUUGAAAAUUAUAUUAUACAUAUUUUAUUAAUACUUGUUUUUACCUUUUCCUCCAUUUUGAUUCGAAUAGCCCCCAUACACCUAAGUCGCUCUUAUAUGUUGGUACACCAAAGAAAGGAAAAAAAAACCUGA